UCAAGUGGUGGAUGAAAAUCGUUGCUGCAUAGAAGCGUCCACCUUUCCCCCCCCCCUUUACAAAUCACACGUUUAGCAUCGUCAAAAAUGGUGAAAUACUGAAGAUUGAAUGCAACCUCCGGUUUAGUAGACUGUAAGCGGGACGCGCCUUGCACCAUGUCAGCCAACGCUCAGGAUUAUGACUUUGAUGAGUAUGACAAACCUGGGAUUGAGCGGUCACGCAGGAGAAGGGGUGAAGAUGACGACCUGGAGAGUGAUUUGGGAGAGGAUUUGUUGGAGGAGGAUUGGCUGUCAAGUAAAAAGAAUCCCUCUGAAGUGUCAGAUGAAGAACUGAAUGAUGACCUUCUGCAAAGCGACGACGAAGAUCAAAAUAUGGCUGUUCAGGAUGUGAGCCUUAAUGCCACAUACAGCUUGGGCACAUCCUAUGGCCAGCAGGACUACUCGCAGGAAGCAGACUACACAGAUGACGUUGUGAACCUGGGUGCAGAGGGCUGUGAAGAAGGGGACGUAGAGGGGGAGGAGGGGUACCAGCAAGAGGGGGAACAGGAGUACACAGAGGAAUACAGCCAGGACAACACAGCGCUGCCUGAGGACCAAAUGGAUUACACUGGAGGUGUAGCUGAGGGUGAUGAUGGCUACCAGGAUGAAGUGCUAGACAUCCAAAUCAAUGAGCCAAUAGACGGUGAAUUUCAAGAUGAUGAAUACCAAACCUAUGCUGAUCAGCCACUGGAUGAACAUGGAGUCCAACAGGGGGAGGCCCCCGAGGAGGAUGAGGGGGGAGAGGAGCAGCAGGAAGAGGAGGAGGAAGACACCGCCGGGGGCUCUCGGGUCUUUGACACAGAUGAGGUUGAAAAUGAAACUGUGCCUGAUGAAGAAACAAGGGAGGAAUCAGAUGAAGAGGAAGAGGAAGAUGAAGAGUCUGGCCGCAUACGGUUCAAAUCGGAGAGAAAGGAUGGUGCUGUUGUGCGGUUGGCUGACGCAGGCAGUAAAAGAAGGAACAUCCCUGACACACUAGAACUGUCAGAGAAGGCUAAGCAGGAUCUGCUAGAGUUCGAGGAGCAGGAACGGCAGAAGAGACAAAACCGUUAUGGAGGCCGAGGGAGAGGAGGAGGAGGGGGAGGAGGGGGAGGGGGGCGAGGAGGCAGAGGAAGAGGAUACUUCCCUUGUUAUGGAAUGCCAGAUUUUAAAGGAGGAAACAGAGGAAGAAUGCAUGACCAGAGGAUCCCUCUCAUGGGAAACAUGGGCAUGCAGCAGCCAUCCUCCCGAAUGCCUCUUCCUCAUCAGCCUCAUCAGCAGCAACUGCAUUCCCAGCAGCACCACCCUUCACGGCCAAGAGGACCUCCUCCCUUCCAAGAGCACGGGCGCCCGCUGGCCCAGCAGCCCCUCCAACCCCUCAUUCCCCCACACAUGGCUCACCGCUCACCACCGAUGCGGCCCCCGAUGGAGCCACCGUCACGAAUCAUGAACUCCCCGCCACCCAACUUCCCUCAGCAUCACCAACAGCAGCCUCCACAGCCCAAAAACAUCCACAUUAACCCCCAUUUUAGAGGCCCUGCAACAUCCUCUGUACAAGUGCCCUUGAUGCCUCCUGCUCAGAGCCAGCCCAGACCUGCUGUGGGUCCUCAGAGGUUCCCUGGACCGGGAGACUUCCAUCAGCACAUGCCGGGUAAUUUUGGUCAGCCCCAGCGGCCCCCUCAUCACAUGGAGCCCUUUCGGAACCAGCCACCUCAAGGCCCCCAGGACAGAGAGCCCCUCUUUAUGGGAGAGCGCACAGAGUCAACACGGUUUCCAGGGCAGCACAUGUUUGAUCACCAGGGCCCCAACACUCUGAUGAACAGCGGCAACAACCUCCACCAGCAGCAGCUGCCUGGCCCUGGCCAAAUGGGCUUUGGCCCACCAGGACCAGCCUUCAACCAGCCGGGCCAGGGCCCACUAGGACUGUUUCCAAGAGAACCCCCAAGACCCAACCUCCCUCACCACCAAGGUCACCAGGGGAUGAUCGGCAUGAAUCAACAAGGUGGCCCCCCCAACCAGCCCCGGCCCUUCAUGGGCCCUCGACAGCCGUUUGGCCAGGAGGGUAAUCUUUUCCACCCUCCACAAGUCCAAUUUGGGAUGCAGGUACGACUAAGAGGCAUAAUGCAUGGCCCUCCCGUCUCCCAGCUUCAGCAUCAUGACCCCAUGCCAUCCCAUCAGCCCAUGCACCAGCAGCCGCACCAUCAUAGGCAGGACUUAUCCCAUCAUCAGCAGCAACAGCUAAAUCUCAAUGAGCCUCGCCCCAUGAUGCACCAUGGGCAGAAUCCCUUCCAUCAACAGCAGGCGCAUGGUAGCCCCAGGCAGAUGACUCCCCACCCUCAGAACCCCCAACAGCGCAACAUGUCCAACAGGCAAAGGAUGAACACACCUGUUUCCAAGCAAAUGCAGAUCCUUCCUCAGCGCAACAGCAAUCUACGGGAGCUCCCCGUAGCACCUGGCAACACGACCAUGAACAGUGCCCGCCCCGUUGCCUCCCCUGCCGCCAACGUCAGGCCUGUUGCCAAGGCAACACAGGGGGUGCGUCCCGUGCAGAACACUCAGCCGGUGUUUGACGGUGGCAGAGGAAGAGGAAGAGGCCAAGUUGUUGCCAAGACUGCUUUACAGCCUGGGGGAGCAGGCAGGACAGUGGUUCGCAAGGAAAUCCCAAGCACACCGUCCGGCGAUGCACGACAGGACCCUGAUGAGGAUGAGGAGAUGCGGCAGUACCGUCUAAAGAUUGAGGAGCAGAAACGUCUGAGAGAGGAGAUCCUGAAGAGGAAGGAAUUGAGACGGCAGAUGCAGGCAGGCGUCAGGAAGAAGGAGCUGCUAGACAGGAUCAACUCCCAGACAACCACUCCAAACCAAGGCCUGCCUCCUUCACAGAUUCCAUCCGUACAACAAAAUCAACAAACCCCACACCCCGUUGUACAACAGCAACCACAACCACAACCACAACCACCACUGCAGCAAGAACAACAACAGCAGCAGCAGCAGCAGCAGCAACAACAACUACAGCCACAACAGCAGAGAACACAACAGUCCGUAAAUCAAUCAUUAAAGAAUCCUAAUCAAGUCCCCCCCAUUUCUCCUAACGGCGCUGCUCAGACCCCUACACAACGUCCCAAUGUCAAGACACGCCUGCAGAUGGUGAAGGGUAACAGUCAGCAACAACAGACUCUUGGGCCUGGGCCUGGGCCUGGGCCUGGGCCUGGGCCUGACCAGCAGUGGAAGCCGCCCCAACAAAAUCAGCAGCAGCCACCACUGUGGAGGAACAGUGGUCUGCAGAAUGUAAACAGACCCGGCGCUCAAAUCCAGUCUACUCAGGUCCCCCAAAAGAACAUACCUGUAACUUCCUCAGUGGGCCCUGGCCAGACCCAGGUUCAGGGACCUAAACCUGGGGCUAAAAGAACUGUGAUGCAGCGGGCGAAGAUUUGUGGAGUUGAAGGCCAGCAGGUGCCACAAAAAGUCAGAGUCGUCAAACUUUCAGGAGCGGCUGGAAAGGGGCCUGAGGCCAUAGGCAUCCCAGUGCAGCAACAAGACACCUGGUCGGCAACCCCACUCAACCAGGGCGUCCAAAGGAAGGUUACCAUGACAGAGCAGCAGCAACAGCAACAGCAACAGGGACCAGGAGGAGCACCGCAGGCUGGCCGAGGGGGCAUGGGCAACCCACAGCAAAAUAGGGUUGUCGUUUCGGGCCGGGGCCGAGGUAGAGGGGGUGGUCCAAUGGGUCGAGGACGUCCAGUGGCCACCAGACAAAGCCAGAGAGUUGCAGAGAGCAAACACUGUACUGUGUCCAUAGAGGGCCUUUCAUCAUCCACAACUGAUGUUCAGCUGAAGAACCUUCUCAGGUCCAUCGGCCCAAUAGAGAUGUUCAAAAUGAUACCCCAGCAGAGGAAAGCGGUUGCCACCUUUUCCACUCCCCAGCAUGCAGCAAGUUUUCAAAUGAGCUUCCAUAGGCACAUGAUUGAUUUGUCCCACAUUGAUGUGUCGCUGAUUGAUGGAUGAGGAGCACAAUAAAGCGAGGGAGCCCUGUUACAAGAAGUCGCUGUCUCCCAACGUGGGAGCCUCUCAUGUACAGCUCCAACCUACCGCAGGAAUAUUUCUUCAACCCUUUGGGGUCAAUCACAGUCAUCGUUCCUGCACAGAAGCAUUCAUCUCCUAUCAGCUCGGAACAAUGAACACAAAGACAUUAGCUGCGAGCAUGCCUGCGUUUGACUUUGUCUACCAUUGUCCUUUGUUGUAAAAUGGCACUGGAGAGACACUGAACAGUUAAUCCUACUUUGAUGUAGUUUGUGAAGAAUGUUUUUGUGCAUUUUACAUGGACACUAAGUAGAACUUAUCAUGGGAUAAUGGUUGCUCCCCCCCUUAAUAAGAUUCAUUAUAAAAAAAACAAAAGGACAUUUGAACUAUGUAAUUCUGAUCACUUCAUGGUAUCUUCUUUUAAUAAUUUAUAAGUCGCUGUUUGGUUCGGAUGCAGGGAAUGGUUGUGGAAUAUUUUGGCCAGUAUAUUCAUAUACCAGUGCUGUAGAUGGCAGUAUUUCAUCACUGUUGGAGCUUCAUUUAUUUCUAACCCAAGACGGCUCUCAGAUAGAGUUAAGUCUCCAAACUGUUUGUGGGUAAAUGGCACUGCCUAGUGGAGAACAUGCAGACAAGCACAGAAGUGGCCUGGGUUGUAUGUAAUGAUUUGAAUAAUAUUGGCAUAGGACACAACAGAACAUGUUUUUCCUGAAUUCCCAUUGGUUUUGGGAAUGGAAAAUGUUGCAACUGGAUUGUGCAGAUUUAGUGGUGCUUAUUGGUUUCCGUGCUGCCUCUUGAUCAGAUUGUUCAGACCACCUCUCUCAUUUAGGUUUGUUCAAUUGAGAUGGACAAUUUUCUAAAUGUUGAUAGGUCUUUUAACUGAUACCUGGAAUGCAUUUUUGGAAAGAUCUUUCAUACCUUUUUGAUGUAUAUUUUAGUUGUUUGUCCUAUUAUGGAGUAGUCAUGCGUUUAGAUUUCUAGUCUGUGGCAAUUGUGCUUUGAGGAAGUACAAAUAUCCUUUUUUUUGAAAGUUUUUAUGAAUACGAUUUCAGCGUAUGUUGUUGGGAAUUUAAUACUUGUCUUAUUUGGUAAAUCCAAGAGAAUUGCUUACAUGUCUCUUCAGAAUACACGCAUUUCUGUGAUUUUUUACUAAGAUACAAAUUUUGCUUACUCCUUUCUGAAACUGGUACAAUUGGUCCAAGUCCCUGUCUGUUGAUAAUUUGGUGUCUUAUCACUGAGAUGUAUAGUGUACCUGGAAUAGCACUUUGAACAACUUGCAUUCUCAUACUAGAGAUGUUUGGCUAAAACAGAAGAGAAACACCCCCCCCCCCCCCCCCCCCCCCCAAUAAUGUUUAAUAUUAUUAUUAUUGUUUAUUAUUAUCAUUACAAUUAAGACAUCCUCUGCAAAGUUUGGGCUCUGUAGGACACAAAAAGUCACAAGAUGUGUUGGAAGUGGUUACUACAGGCACUUAUGCAAUACUUUAUUUUAAUUUUCUCUGAGCAUGUGCCCUUGUUUGGGAAGGGCUACCACAUCAUUGAAAACUUUGAAUUCUCUAAAUAAUAAAUUUCAACUUUCGGCUUUCAGUUUGAUUCCAUUAGACGUCAUUAAACCAAAUACAGCAAGAUAUGCUUCACUUUUUCCGUCAUUGAUUACAUGUAUUAGUUUUUUUUUACUUUUUGCGUAAUAUUUUUGCCUGUUCCAGGAUUAAAAUUAGUCAAAAAUGAACAUCGUUUAUCCGUGUUUUUCUAAAAACUCAAGCUCAGAAGUGAAUUUGGCAUUCAUCAUCAAUAGGAAGGUGAGGGGGCAACCAUUAUGUGUCGUGAUCAUGUACAUAAGUAGACCAGGUGUUUCACUUAAUAUUUAUCCUGUUAACUUUUUUUUUUGUUUUUGAGUUACUCUUUACUCAUGUUGUAUCAAGUUAAAACAUUUUUAUAUGUAAGGAUAUGCUGAUGUGUCCAGACAAAAAUAAUUUUACUAGUGUUUUGUUUCUAAUUUCAAGCCAAAAUGAAAAACGACUGGACCACAUUUCUGUUUAUAAGACUUUUGACAAAAAGUUCAAGGGAAAGCAAGAAAACAAUAAAAACAUGGCCAAUAUACCGUGAACAUGCAGGUAUGUGAAGCCGGUUCAACCUUAGCCCAAAGAUGUGUGGUUGUGUGUGAUGUCCAUGUGUCUGAUGCGUUUACAAUGAAGUAUCUUUUAUUAUUUGAGCCACGUUUUAUUAAUUUAUACUUUUUAUGUAUUUUAUAAGGUCCUGGGUACUCACGUUGCAGUACAUGCUUUAUACUUUAUACACAACUCAAACACUUUGUGCCUAAUUCAGAACUUUUUAAGAAUUUAUCCUAGUUAGUGUUUUAGAAUUUCUGACACUAGUGAUUAUAUGGCAGGAAAUACUACAUCGUAUAGAUGAAGGGGAAUACCACUAAAUUUUGGUCUUGAACGUAUUUGCUACGUUGUCAACAAAAGUAAUAUUUUCUUGCCUGUUUUACCGUGAUGCCAUACUAAUGUCCAGACAGUAUAGGACAUGCAAAAGGUGAAAUAAUUAUGAAAUGUAAAUCUAACAGUAGCCUUAACAAUUUUACCAGGCUGUCUUCUGGGGUUAGCACAGACUAUAUUACAAAUGUAUUUUGCAGGGUUUCCAUAAAAGAUUUUAUUUACAGUCAGAAAAUUAACUUCUGUGCAUCUGGAUGACAUCACAGAUAAAGUUCUUGGUUCUCUGGUUUUGAGACUUGGGGAGUUGUUCAUAUUCUCAAUUACCAAUUGGCCUCUGUGAUUGCCUGCAUGUGUAAACUAAACUUGUAAAUUUAGUGGUAUUCACCUCUAAAUUAGCCAUUACUUGAAAAAUCCACUAAGUUAAAAAAAUUAGCUGCACAUUUAAGAUCACCGCAUUCUCAACAUGCUUUAGUAUUGGGAUAAAUGAGGUGUCUGAAAAUGUUGAAACUCCUUAAAUUCCUUAAGUCCUUGUAAAACUUGAGGUUAAGUGGUUCCAAAUCUUUUGUAUGUUGUACAGUUGUUCUAAACUGACUUCUUUGUGUUUUAUUCCUUUUUGUUUUGAGUUGAACUGAUGUAGAGGUUUUUGUUCCCUAGCAUUGUGUAUUUGCUGUCUUAAAUGUUGUGCAUUACACUUGAUAUUUAGUGCAAUGGUAAAUCCUGUGGAUUUGAAAAAGUAUUGACAAUGCCAGUCAAAGUAAUAUUGUUAUAAGACACUUGGUCUUGUACUACCAGAACAGAUUCAUAUUGAAUCUAUUUGUAUCUUAAUUUUAAGAGUUUCUGACAUAUAUACAACUUGAACCUUAAGAUAUGUUUUCACUGUAAUUUCAGUAGGCUGUUACAGAAGCAGUAAGAUCUUGCCUCAUAUGGUUGCAAUAGGCAAACAUCUUUAAUUCAAAAUGGCUUAUUUUCUGUGAGAUAAGUUCAUUUCUAAGUUGUCAAUGGGGCUUUUCUUGUGUUUGCAUAAGACACCAUCAUGGCUGUGAAUGACUAGUUUCUCAAUGGUUAUACUGGCAUUGGGUCAAAAAAUUUUAUACACAACGCUAACUUACAAUAUUUUUUCAACAGGUCUAUUUGGAGAAUCGGAGCAUUGACAUCCUGCUAAAAUAACCAUUUCACUCUUUCUGUUUCUUUAGGUCACAUCCUCUUAAACAGAAGCGAUACAAGCGGGCAUCAGUGUGGUUGCUAGCUUGAAGUUUCUGUUCUUUUGAAAGUGACCAUACUAAGGGUUUAGUAUGUUUUAGCCAAUCAACAUAUUGGGUUAUAAAUGGGUUAUAAUUUGCUACUAACCACAAAUUAUAGCACAUGUUUAAAUACAUUUCCCAAAGUAAUGGCAGUUUCUUUAGUUGCAGCUUGUAGAAACCCAGCUUUAUUUAUUUAUUUUUGUCUAAGUUAAUUUGUUAUUGCAUGAUAACACAGUUGACGGUUAUUCUUGUGUAAAUCUCCAACACCUCAAACUUAAGUCGGGCAGUUUAUAGUUAAUGCAAACAAAAUCUAGAAACAGUUUGUACCUCUUUUGUAAUAAUUUAAAGUUUAAUUUUCAGAUUCAUACAAAACAUCAUCCAAACAAAAAUAUUAUUAUUAUUUAUCCAACUUUUGCCGUCUUAGCUUGGUUAAAGGGAAAGUAUUCUCUACAGUACACCAGAUAGAUUUUUUUUCUUUGUUUUUGCAAAAGUAGCAAAUAAGUAUUUUCAAAAUGACCUUGCAGUUUUUUUGUUUGUUUUUAUUUUAACUGGUGGCUUAAAUUUGUGACUGUAAUGUGUGUUUAAAAGCUGAAAGAUUGAUUACACAAGAGGAACAAACUGGUAUAAAGCUAAGACAUGUAAAACCAAUGGUAUGGUCCUUUUAAGAUUCCCAGACUGUAAUUAAAGAUUAAAAGGGUAGCGAUGGUGUGUUUUUGUGGAAAGAUCACUGGUAAAAAUAAGCUGUUGCUGAAGUUUACUCUAAAAAAACACUUGAUACACCCCUGGUAUAAUCACUUUGUUGGAGGUUGUAGCUGUACAGAUGCGUUUCGGAUGGCACUCAUGAGAUCUUUCUUGUGAAAACACACCUGAUGUGACCACUUCUCACCACAGAUGUCACCAAAACAGAAUGAUUAACACAAAUUGCUUAACAAAACUUUCCCUCAGCAUACAUGAAAAUGGUUUGAUGCUGCUUUGUCAUUUUUCCUGUCUUUUUAAAAUUAUUUUUAACUCUAACACUUUCAGUCCUUUUACAGCCACGCCGCCUCGGACCUUGGAAUGAAGAUUUCAUUUUUCUUUAUUUCCCUCACUAAAUAGCUGUUGCUGCAAUCAGACUAUGGGACCCACCACAUUUCCUUUCAUCACUGCUUUCCCUGCUAUCGCUGUUCUUCCAACUUGCAUAUUUUUGACAGUUGCUCAUCUUUUCUUUGAAUGAACUUAAGACUUCUGUAUCAAGCAGGGUGGCCUACCUGGAUUACCAUUGUUUGUUAGCCCAGUGGAUGGAGGUUUCCAUCUCUGUGACGACAGCCGGGUUCAUAGAGCAGACACGUAACUCUAAAGCCGCUUUAUGGCUUUCACUCCACCAAAGGUCAUCCCCACUUCUUGACAUUCAUUAUUUGGUUGGAUUUUUGAAAAAGACACUACAAUUGUUCCCUCAUCUGGAACAGUAUGGUGUGCCAAAUAAUGACUCAAACUGUUGAAAAUCCAGCCUCUUGAGUUUUGACUGAAACUGUUGACGAACCAUCCUGUCAUGUGUGUUCACACUUUGAUGUAUGGCAUGAAGUAAUCCUUUGUUUGCUUCCUUAUGUUGGAAAAUUCAGAAAUCAAUGUGCAAUUUGUUCAGAUGUUGUAAAUUAUGCAAUUUUUUAAUACGCUGGAAUUAUUUUUAAAGAAAUUUAAUAUUUUUUAAGAAAAAGAUGACAUGUAUUAAAUGUGAUACUCUCAACUAAAAAGAAUAAA